AUGGAAUGUCCAGAAUGUGGAGAACCAACAACUUUUCAAAGAGCAAAACUUCUCUUCAAAUGCACUAAAAGAAGUUGUAGAAAAGCCGUAAGUGCCAAGAAUGGAACAUUUUUUGCCGGCCAUCGCGUUUCUUUUAGUGAGAUUCUUCACAUGGCUUACCUAUGGUUGUGGAAGACUUCAGUAAUCUCAAUAAAAGACCAAUGUGAAGUCAGCAAAACGACUGCUUGCUCAUUCUUGGGCUAUUUCCGUCAACUUGUGGCGGAUGCCUUGGAAACCGGAGAAUGUGUUAUCGGUGGAGAAGGCAUCGUUAUGGAAAUAGAUGGAACCAAGAUGAGCAAACGGAAGUAUAAUAAAGGCACCCUGUAG